GAAGGUGGAGAGUGUGGUCUGUGGAGUUGGUUUUGCGCCACCACCGCUUCCGCCGAAAUCAGCUGAUUCUGAUUUCCAACACUCACAUACACAGUGUAGAGCCACUGACAUUCACCCCUUGUUUUUAACCACUUUGUAUAACUUUUCUUUUAUCCCAUUGCUUGCACCCAAGAUUUUUUUUCCUUGUCGGAAUUGGAGCUCAAAUGCAUACGCUUCUGCGGAAGCGAUUUUGAUAAAUGUAUAAGGCUCUUGGCAAGCAACGACUCAUAUAUCGUUCUCUCAUAGCCAGCUACGUCAAAUCCGGCCUCAUUGAUAACGCGAUCAAGGUGUUCGACGAAAUGUCUCAAUCAGACUGCAGGAUUUUUUCGGUUGACUACAACAGGUUUCUUGGUGUUUUAAUCAAGAACCAGCGUUUUGAGCUGUCUGAAUACUAUUAUGAUUCAUUGAAUUCCAAAGGGUUUUCUUUGAGCUCGUUUACUUACUCUAGAUUUAUUUCUGGGCUGUGUCAAGUUAGAAAUUUUUACCUUCUUUCUAGGCUUUUUGAGGAUAUGGAUAGGCUCGGGAUUGUGCCCGACAUUUGGGCGUUUAAUAUUUAUUUAAAUCUUUUGUGUGGUGAGAGUUUAGUUGAUGAUGCAUUGAUAUUGCUGAGAUUAAUGAGAGAAAGAGGGCCCGAGCCAGACGUAGUCAGCUAUACUAUUGUUAUCAGUGGGUUUUGUAGAGUCAAACGACAUGAUGAAGCAGUUGACAUGUGGAAAAUCAUGAUCAAGAGAGAUGUUAAACCAGAUAAUAAGGCGUGCAGGGCACUUAUGCUCGGGCUAUGCGACAUUGGGAAAGUUGAUUUGGCUUAUGAGCUCACGGUAGGGGACAUGAGGGGAAAGAUCUGCUUCGAUGCUGUGAUUUAUAAUGUGCUUAUUUGUGGUUUUUGCCGAGUUGGUAGGAUUGAUAAAGCACUCACACUCAAGAAUUUUAUGAAGAAGAAUGGUUGUGAGCCCGAUUUAAUUACACACAAUGUGUUGUUGAAUCAUUGUUGUAAUGCACUAUUGUUGGAUGAGGCAGAGAAAUUGCUGGAGAAAAUGCAGAGGAGUGGGAUGGAACCCGAUAGUUACAGCUAUAACGAGCUUUUAAAGGGUUUCUGCAAAGCCAAUAGAAUAGAUAAGGCAUAUGUCUUGUUAGUUACCAAGAUGGAGGUCAAGGGAUAUGCAGAUGUUGUAUCAUAUAACACAAUUAUUACUGCUCUUUGCAAAUCCGGUGUUACGAGAAAGGCUUAUAAGCUCUUUGAGGAGAUGGGAAGGAAAGGAAUUGCUCCUGAUGUGGUGACAUUCACAAUUCUCAUUGAUUCUUUUCUGAAAGAAAGAAACUCUGUUGUAGCUAAGGCCCUUCUUGAUGAAAUGACAAACAUGGGUCUAUUUCCAAGUCUUGCAUUAUAUACAACAAUUAUUGACCAUCUAUGCAAAACUGGUAGAGUUAGCAUGGCUCAUGGUAUUUUUCAUGAUAUGGUAAAACAUAGAAUUGUGCCUGAUGUCAUAUCCUACAAUGCACUUAUUGGUGGAUACUGCAAGACCUAUCAAGUUAGCGAAGCCCUAUGUCUAUUUAAGGAGAUGCAAACUAGGGGGGCCUAUCCAGAUGAAGUGACUUACAAGCUGAUCAUUCGAGGCCUUAUAAAGGACAAGAAAAUUUCUUUGGCUUGUGAAGUUUGGGAUGAUAUGAUGAAGAAUGGUUUUACUCUUGAUAGUUAUUUGUCAGAGACUCUAAUAGGUGCUAUCAACUCAAAAGAAAUAUAAGAGUUUGUAAAUUAUGUUCCUAAACAUUAUACCGGGAAUCCAUUGGUGAAAUCACAAUUGUCCUUCUGACUGGUGCCAAAUGCUUUCUUUUGAAUGGAAUGGUACCAUAAGUUCUGGUCUUUUGGAUCGUUAAGGGCUCUUGGUACUUGCUUAGAUACUGCUGAGAUGGGUAUGGACAGAUUCUGCUGUGUUCUGAUGUUGGGGACAAUCUAUCUGCAUCCAUGUUCUGAAUUAAGGAUCUUUUCUGAGGGCAUUAUCUCUAGCUAAUGUGGGGCAAGCUCUCUGUUUCUAAUAGAGGGUAGAAUUUUGUUACAUUGUUCAAACUUGAAGAAUCUCCAUCCAACAUCAUUAUCUGGAGUCAUGGAAAGCCUCGGUGGGGAAUGAAAAAAGAAAAUUACUGGCAAAAAGUGAUAGUCCCAGCAUUGAUGUGGUAAAAUGUUGAGGAUGAAUCGUAUGUAAGAGAAGCUUGCUGAAGAUAUGGUGAGCAAAUAAUUUGCACAAUUGGCAGAUACGUAAAUCAUGUCUUAUGUUUUAGCUCCUAGCAGCCGAUACUGAGUUCCAUGCCUUUCAUUUUAGCUUCAAGCAUAACUACUCAAUAGAAAGUUUAGACAAACCUAAAUAGAAAAGAGAGGGAGGGGGUGGGGGAUUAGGUUUGAUAGUGUAGCUGUAAGAAUGCUCAUGCUUAACGUUGUAAUAUAGGUAUAUGAUAGUGUUAGCAUGUUGAUUUUGUUGCCAAACAUGCUAUGAUUAAAUGAGUCAAAAGCUUCAUUUUUGCUACCAA